AUUUUAGCAUGGUGACAAGGUAAUCCACAAUGUAAGUGGUAUUUUGACUAACAAUGAUACUUUGGACUGUGGUGAUCAGUUUGACUUCCAUCCCCUUGCUCUCAUAUGGUUGGGAUCUAAAGUCAGUCGAAAAGAAGGGCAGCAGACAUAUCAGAGAUGCACCAGAUUACACCGACUGGAAAAGGUGGCCAAAUGCAUCAAAGCUGUACAACAAAGAAACCUGUGAGAAUGAACUUCGUCCCUAUCCAAUAGUACCUCCUAUUAUUACUGAUGUCGGAACUAAUUAUGAUGUCAAGACAUUGAGCGUAUUCAAAACAAUUGGCGAUGCUUUUUUAGAUGUAAUAACCAGAAAGUCACUCUUUGAAACGGUAUCACUGGCAAUGGAACUAUCUCCUAUUGACAGUUUAUCAAAAAUACUAAAAUUAGUAGAAUACCAACUCACCAUAGCGGUGAUUAUCGCUAUCGGGGUCCUGACUGCUACGUUUAUUCUCGUUUUCUACAUAAUCUUUUGGUCACUCAAAUUAACAGGAAACAUCACUGAGGUGAAAAGUCAAAGAAUUGCUGACAGUCAGGGUUCUAUGAGAUUCAUUUUAUCGUUCCUACUGUCUCUUUUUACUGUCUUUGUAAUGUUUGGUUGUAUCAUUGCGUGGGUUGCCAAUACGCACAUCUCAAAUAAUGUAAAUGAAGCUUCAAGACACAUUCAAUGGACUGUGGAGGUCACAGAAAACUUUACUAAAAAUAUUGAAGAGCAAAUGACUGUGCUGUUUAUGGAAGACUACAAGAAGACCCAACUGGGAAUACUAAGGACUCGCAUGAACCAAGCUGUGGUCAAUGCGUCUGGUUACGUGUACCUUCAGAUAGCACAGAAUGUGUCGGAUAUGUACAACAAAUCUCUCAUGGUUGCUGACAUGAUAGGAAAUCAUCAAAAAGCAAACAUAGUAAACCUCUAUGAUAAAUAUACAGCGGAAAACGAGACCACGUUCACUCUUCUUACAAAGUUAAAAGAAGCUAAAACUUGUUUAACAGCUAUUAAAAAAUGGUGUUCCGCAUCAGCGAACAGCGCCAAGUGUGACUCAGAUAAAGAGAUCAACCCUAGCUAUCUCACCGCAGUUGAUCCCGCCAAGUGGUUCUACGACGAGGUAAUUAAAGCUAAAGAGGACGUGGUUAACAUAGCAGAAAACGGUGCCCUGGGGGCUCUUGCUAGAUCGGCUUACUUUAACGGAAAGUUUUUCCACAACGGAACCCUAGAAGCGAAGGACACCAAGUUUUAUAGUAAACAACCUUCUUACACAGGAACGUGCAUGUUGACGGAUCUGACAACCGGUAAACUCCUAGUCACACAGCAUGAUAAGAUAACAGUGACAGUGGCUGCAGUUGAGUGGUGUGAGUUCGCAAAAUACAACCUAACUGAAAAGCUGACUGAGGACGUAUACCUCACUCUACCGCUCGCUCAAGAUGCUUGCACAGCUAACACCGCGUGCACUGGAGUUACAAAGCUAGCAGCCCAAUACUUUGUAAUGAAGGGGGUAUUGACGGCGGCUGCAGCUGAUAAAGCUGCAGAUGAAACCUCCUGGCUGUCUGGUGCCUGCGUUGACUGGUGCGAGCAUGAUAAGUACAACCUGAAUGAGAAACUCACUGAAACAGGGUACGACGAUCUCAAAACCACCCAAAACGCUUGUAUUGCAACCGCUGACAAAGCGUGCACCGGAGUAGUAAAAGAGGUGCGGAGCGGGGUAACCAAAUUCUAUCUGGGCAAGGGCUCGCUGACAGCCUCAUUGUUUGAGGACACCUCCUGGGUCACCGGGGCCUGUGUCACGUGGUGUGAACACACCAAGAUGAGUCUGGGUGAGAAACUGGGUGAGACAGGCUACGACGAUCUCAGUAAAGCUCAAAUUCCUUGUACUGUUAACAAAGAGUGCACUGGUGUAACAAAAGAAGUGGCUAGCGGUGUAACCAAGUACUAUCUGAUGAAGGGAGUGCUCACGUUAUCAGAUGAUGAUACUUCCUGGGUAUCAGGAGCAUGUGCCAUACUACCAAAGCUCACUAUAAAGGAGGAAAUCACUUGUUCGGAUCCUGAAGGAUGUCGCGUGAAAGACACAGCUACAUUGCUAUUUUGGGGAGACUGCUGUGUCAGUAUUCAGUAUGCCCUUGACCAAAGUGAUCCUAACACCAACAAUACUGACUAUACAAAGUGCGGACCAAAAGAAAUAUACAAAGAAGAUAAAAUACAACCCGGCGGGAACCAGUCGGACUACCGUGGGAAUAUCUCCGUAACAGUGAAAGGAACGGACUGUAAGAAGUGGGCUCAGGUGGCAGUAGAAGGAGAAGAAGGAGCCACGUGGGACUCCUGGGCGGCUGACCAGGGCUACACUGGGCUGUAUUAUCUGGAUGAUAUUGAAGAUAUAUCUUUUCAACAUAACUUCUGUAGGAAUCCUAGCCCUCAAAAGGGGCUGUAUGGAACUAAAACAGACAAUGAUGUCAAGACACGAGCUUGGUGCUUCACAGGGACAGGAGCUACAGACUGGGAGUACUGUAAAGUACCUUUCUGUGCUCCCUCCACGGCCAAAGCGCUGAAAGAAGCUACAGCUAGAGGCUCCUCUGCUUUCCAAUACCCAACCUGUACUGUUUUGGAGAAGAAACGGUAUGGUGAAAAUAUACCUACUGCAUCAGAUUUCACAAUGUGGAAAACAUCUGACCUAGCAAGAAAGGAGGCGUACUUCUCUCUUGAUGAAGCAGCAGCGGAGAUGACGGCUCAGUUCGAAACAAUACAACAGAGAUUCAACGAGACCAACGAAGUGUUCGACAAGCUCAAAACAACAAUUUUGUCCAGCAUUUCAUCCGACAGUGACGCCAGCAAAUUCGAUAAUAUCAGGAACAUUGGGACGAUCUUCAUAGUGACAUUCUGCAUGUUGUCGGCCUGUUUAGCUGUAGCUGGUGUCUGCAUGGGAUACUGUAACAUCAGUGAUGUUCCCCCUCAUUUGAGGACAUCAGCGUGUAGUAUGGGGGGAAGGCUGAUAAAGUUAUCCUCCUACUGGGCCGCUAUGAUGGCUAUCAUCAACCUCUUCAUGGCUACUCUCUUCUUCGUUCCUGGAACAGCCUUCAGUCUCGUUUGUAAAGAUUAUUACAAUGAGUCCCUUUUCAGGCUGUUUGACGAUAAAGUGAUAGUUGACUACUCCGUGCUGGGACGUGCAGUGUUAGGAAAUGACACCUACCCAAUGACCUUCAAGGAUCUGUGGCUGAGGUGCCGGGAUAACAAGACCCUGUGGUAUUCUCUGGGACUCGUUAACGAUUCAGAUUAUGAUCUUGUGUCCAUGAUGCAACUCAACGAGUCGCUGAAUAUAGAUUACACGGUAACGCAGCUGAUGAACGACGUGUCUCUUAACUUCAACAACUACCCAGCCUACCCUCCUGAACUUGUGGAAUGGCUAACUUUCUGGAAUGUCAGCUUUGCCACACAGCUCUCUUGGAAAACUCUAAAAAAUAACUUAGCAAACGGUUUUAUGGAGGUAACGUUUGACGAGAUAAGCCCAAAGUCCGAAUCAGAUAGUAAGAUAAAGAUAGAUAAUAAAGAUUUCUGCAGUGCUUUCAAACCAUACGGUGCACAAAUUACUGAAACAGAGGGAGAAGUGUUCGAUUGCAAGCAUCUAUUUACUCACGAAAAUGCUACUUGGAACUUUCAUAAAUUUUACUGUCUUGAAUGGGUGGACGCCAUAACAGAAAAGAAGGCAGCGAUUUUAGACAUGAAAAAUAAAGCUAGUCUGGUAGAGGCACAGUGGAGUAAGUACGGUCCAGAGUUCAUAAAUCUGCUGAUGGAAGAGUACGACUUUACCAACAAGAAUCUUCUUAACGACGGGGUCAAAUUCUCCUGGGAUAUCAUCAACCAGACUUAUAUUGACUACUGGCAGCCAGUACUUCACAACGAGGUUAGCUGUUUUACCUGGCAGAUGAACGAAACAAUGCAGAAUACCUUGGCUGUGUGUUAUCCUAUCUCUAAGAUUCUUGACAAUACAAUGAACUACUUCUGCGGGUACAUGGUCUCUGCUAUGACUCUAGCGUGGAUGUCACAAGGGUUAUUGGGACUAGUCCUUGCGUUCCAUAUGUUGGUGGCUGGUAGCCUAGCAACCUACUUCUUACAGUUGGAGGAGAGACACCCUGAUGAUAUCUCCAAGGAAGAUAUAAUCGCUGGAUUCCAAUGAGUGUGAGACUGGAGAUCCUUGAAACGUGGGAUUUGAUCGUACGUCUGAUUUUUAGCUACC